AUGUCUGCAAUUGGCCAACCCCUUCUAAGAUUCGACAAGUUGCCAGCUGAGCUGAUCUCGUCGAUCAUAUAUCUUGCUCAGAUCUCUUGGCAUAACGAGCACUUCGCGCCGCAAGCGCCGAAUACCGAGGUCAACCGUUACGAGGCCGCACCCUCUGGGUCUGCAACAUCGCCUGUACUCGCAUGCUGCAAUGGUGCACGAUGCGAUUUCACUCGGCCUAUCUGCAUAUGCUCAGACUCUGGGAAAGUCCUCCCUCCUCACCUUCCUUCUCCAGCCCACAGCGUUUCGCUCGUCUCGAAGAGAUUACGCGGACUGCUUCUUGCUAAUUCUGACAUAUGGCAACUGGACAACACCCUGUACCCAGCAAUAGCGCGUCUUUCUGGAGAACACCGUACUACCACCUCUCGUGGCCGGACUAUCAUCAAGUACGGAUCGCGCAACCUCAUAGCGUUGGACGUCUGCGCUUGUCUUCUCCGCGGCCUUCACCUCUUCUACUCCAGUCUCGAGAGCGUCAAGCUUAGGCUGCCGUGGGCCGGCGACCAAAGCCUGGGGUCCGAGCUACGAAAAUUUCUUCGCGACAUCAGGGGUCGCGAGAACAGUCCUCUGCGUAGCUUCGAUCUCGAGGCUCUAGACGCAGAUCCGUUUCACGUUCGGGAUGGUGUGCGUCGGCGUAUGACGGCUUGGGAGAGCGUAAACCUGCGUAGAAGCUGGUUUUAUCGGGGCAAUGUGUACUUCUACUCGAAGACAUUGAUAUCCCUUUGCCUCCGUCAAGGUCCUGGGACCUCCAUGGUUUUUGGAUCGUCGCUAUCCAUUGGUCUCUCAGCGUGCGCCGAGACGCUCGAGUAUCUGACAAUUGACAUCCCCGUCGGCUUCGUUGCUGAUAUCGAAGGCGCCAUCACAUUUCUUCGACUUCGCUACUUUCGGCUUUGCACGGAUCCCGUGUUUGGAGCUGUCCUGCUUGGUAGGCUCGUUCUUCCCUACGCACUCGACUUGCAUCUCGAGCAGGUCGAGUCCUGGGGAGAAUGCUUUACCGCAAAGCACCCGGGAAUAUACGAGGUGCCCUUCUGGCCUUCGGAGUACGCCCCAGACCAGCGCUGCUGGUGGAGUAGGGGUGCCUGGGAGUGCGAGGCAGGAGGCGAGGAGGCAGGAGAAGCACGGCAUUCGCCGGCUUAG